AAAGCUUUUCCCUGUAACGAUUAGUACCAGGUCUUUCCAGCUAUGGAGAUCCGAGAGUCCGAUAGAUCGAAAGUACAUGUAGCGCCCUGUACUGUCUAGUUAAGUUGGGCAGUGAGAUUGAUUAAGGUCCACGUGUGGCUUUGAACGAGUGCAUGCUGCCAAGAUGAUGCCAGGCUCAAGGAUAGUUAUUAUUCCAAGCUCUGAUGUUGGGGAAUAUUCUAGAAAUAUGCUUCGUAACACAAUUUCACAUAUUGUGAACCCUACACAUGCAAAGGGUGGAGGCAGCAGAGAAAUCUACAAGAGUGAGAAUUGUCCAAGUUGGUGGCCAAAAGAUGUGCUGUUUUCUUCUGCAGUAGGUAUCACUGCUGAACACCAGAGAAAGGUACUGGCAACUUUCCUGGAGAAAUGUCCUGAGCAGUACAUAAUAUCACCCGGGGCUUGGCUACUCAAUCCCACCUCUUCCCCACUCGUUGGUAAUAAGCAACCAGUAAGAGAAGUCAGCCCACGAAGUUCCUCUGAAAGUUUCUCUGAAAGUUUCUCUGAAAGUUUCUCUGAAAGUGAUCAAGAAGAGCCUGUAGGAAUGAACCAAACACCACCUACUGGAGCUAAUCAUACCCAAUCAGUUGUCAGCACUGCUGCACAACAUGCAAGCCCAAAGCUUAUCAUACCCAGCUCUUAUGUAAAUGGCUACUCUCAACCUAGUCUUAUUUCGCUAAUUCAAAAGAUUUUAAACCCCGAACGGCGACACUUCAUAUACUCCAGUGCUAAUUGUCCCAGCUGGUGGCCGACUGAUAUACCAUUCACUAGGGCAGAAGAUAUGAAAGCUAAGGACAGGAGAAGAGUGCUGACAUCUUUUCUAAGGAAAUGUUCUGACCAGUACACAAUAUCACCUCCAGUUGAUCAGCAAAACUCUACAAAAAAAGGCAGGAUGAUGCCAAGCUCAAAAAUAGUUCUUACAAGCUCUAAUGCUGAGGAAUAUUAUGGAAACGUUCUUCAGAGCAUAAUUUCACGUAUUUUGAACCCGGAAGGUCUGAACGGCAUAUACGUCUACAUGAGUGACAAUUGCCCAACUUGGUGGCCAAAAGAUGUGGCGUUUUCUCCUAUGACAGGGCCCAAGGCUAUCGCAAAUGGUAUCACAGUUGCACACCGGAGAAAGGUAUUGGCAGCUUUCCUGGAGAAAUGUCCUGACCAGUACAUAAUAUCACCUCCAGUUGAUCAGCAAAACUCUGCAGUUGGUACAAAGAGAGCCAGGAUGAUAUCAGGCUCAAAGAUAGUUCUUCCAAGCUCUGAUGUUUAUGAAUAUUCUGGAAAAAUCAUUCGGAGCACCAUUUCACGCAUUGUGAACCCUGAAGGUCAAAAUAGCGAAAACUUCUACACGAGUGAUAACUGUCCAAGUUGGUGGCCAAAAGAUGUGGCGUUUACUGCUGAGACAUGUGGGUCCACGGCUGCCACAAAUCGUAUCACUCUUGUACACCAGGGAAAGAUUUUGGCAGCUUUUUUGGAGAAAUGUCCGGAACAGUACACAAUAUCUCCCAGGAAACAGAUACUCUAUCCCACCUCUUCCCCACUCGUUGGUGAUAAGCAACCAAUAAGAGAAGUCAGCCCACAAAGUUCCUCUGAAAGUGAUUAUGUAGGAAUGAACCAAACACCACCUACUGGAGCUUAUCGUACUCAAUCAGUUGGAGCCACAAUCAGCACUGCUGCACAACAUGCAAGCCCAAAGCUUAUCCUACCCAGCUCUUGUGCAAAUGACUACUCUCAAAUUGGUCUUAUUUCGCUAAUUCGAAAAAUUUUAAAUCCCCAACGGCGAAAGUUCAUGUACGCUAAUUGUCCCAGCUGGUGGCCGACUGAUAUACCAUUCACUAGGGCGGAAGAUAUGAUAGCUAAAGACAGGAGAAAAGUACUGACAGCUUUCCUGGAGAAAUGUCCUGACCAGUACACAAUAUCACCUCCAGUUGAUCAGCAAAACUCUGCCUCGAUAGUUGAAACUGACCAACCAGAAGACCCUGCAGUUGAUACAAAGAGAGCCUGGAUGCCAGGCUCAAAGAUAGUUCUUCCAAGCUCUGAUAUUGAUGAAUACACUGGAAACGCUCUUCGUAGCACCGUGUCACAUAUUGUGAACCCUACCCGUGGGAAGGGUCUGCUUAGUAAUAAAUGUCCAAGUUGGUGGCCAAAAGAUGUGGUGUUUCCUUCGUCAGAGCGCAAGGCAGUAAAUUUGAGAAAGAUUUUGGCAGCUUUUUUGAAGAAAUGCCCUGACCAGUACACAAUAUCACCUCCAGCUGAUCAGCAAAAGUCUGCCUCGGAAGUUGAAACUGACCAACCAGAAGACCCUGCAGUUGGUACAAAGAGAGCCAGGAUGAUGCCAGGCUCAAAGAUAGUUCUUCCAAGCUCUGAUGCUGAUGAAUAUACUGCAACAGCUCUUCGUACAACCGUGUCACAUAUUGUGAACCCUACAAGUUUGAAGGGUGGAAGCGGCAGAGAAAUGUUCAAGAGGGAGAAUUGUCCAAGUUGGUGGCCAAAAGGUGUGGUGUUUCCUUCGUCAGGGCGCAAGACAGCAAAUUUGAGAAAGAUUUUGGCAGCUUUUCUGGAGAAAUGCCCUGAGCAGUACACAAUAUCACCUCCAGUUGAUCAGCAAAACUCUGCCUCGACAGUUGAAACUGACCAACCAGAACACCCCAUCGUUGAUGUACAAAUGAAUGCUAAUGAAUCUGAUGCUAGCAUAACAAGUGACCCCGAAGACCUGUUGAAUAGUCUAGAGCAGCACCUUCUGGAUUCUAGGAAAAGAAGGCUUGAGGCUGAGAAGAAAGUUGAGGAGCUGACAGAAGAAGUCAAACGUCUCAGAAAAGAAAGAAACUUUCUAUUGUGAAACAAUCAUGACUCCAUCACUAGCCUCAUUAUCCUCAUACCAAUAUAUAAUAAAAAAAAUUAUUUAAAAUUAAAGAUCACAUUUUGGCCA